UUGAAAGUGAAUAGUGUGAGUUUUUAAGGAAAGGGAACGCUUUCUGUGAAGAGUGGAGGGAUGAAAUUCCCUGUGGAUCUCUUGACUGAUGUUUGCCAGGAGGAGCUUGAACAGUCAGCCCAAAACUACAUGAACAACCUCCUCUACAGCAGCCCUGAUUCUCCUGAGCACCUCACCUUCUCUGACUCUACUCAGGUCACCAUAGACAUUUCCAGUGUGGGCUUCAUCCCCCUGUAUGGAUCGAGUGAUAAACAAAAGAUCCUGGCCCUCUUCUUUCCCAGUGAUCCAUUCACUGCAGUGGCUCUGUACCUGCUGGACCAGUGGUGGGCAGUGGAUGAUAUUCUCAAGACAGCAGACCCUGCGCGAGAUGGAACUGUGGAGGUGGAGACUGUAGGAGAAAGAAUAGUUUUGUAUAUCCUUAAUCGUGUCAUCUAUAGAGCUAAGGAGAUGAGCUCUGAGGAUCUUCCCUUCCUCUGCCAUGGUAAAAAAGAUUAUGCAAAAAUCCUCUGGAAUAAUGGAGAGGCUGUUGGCUUCUAUUCAGUCAAACCCCCAGGCAGCUUAUGUAAUUCUUUUUCAACCAGAAGCUAUCAUCUCCCUUUGAUGGACUCCAUAUUUAUUAGAAAAUGUCAGCGUGGUAAAGGCUUUGGCCUUCGGAUGCUUGAGGACUUUGUGCUCAGUUUCAAAGAGGACUGUCUGGGGUUGAGAUACCCCCUCACAAAAUCCAUGUAUAAAGUGUGUGCGAAGUACCUGUGUAAGUAUCCAAGUGACAUAGACCUGCUGUGGGAGGUCGAGAGCAAAGGUGGGCCCAACCAGAGGACCAAUAUUGCCAGCAAGAUCCAGGCCAUGGAUCUGAACGCAGUAUCCAAGAGUUUCUCAUUCACAGAGGAAUCACUUGCGAUUGCUGAAUUGACUGAAAAGGAUGUGGAGAGGGAGAUAAAUACCACACAAAUAAAAGAAGCUGAAUCUAUGGCACGCACAUUUGAAAUUGUGGAGGAAGUGACAGUACUGAGAGCUACCAAAGAGGCUGAGGAAGUGCCUGUUGUAGUUCGGGGUAGGAGCAGUGGCUCAAAACGAAGGAACAUUGCAGAAAAGACCACAGAGGACAAAUCCGAAAAAGUAAUCAGAAUCGAGGAUAUUGAAGCAGAAACCCCAAGAGAGCAACAAGUUUCUGUGCAAGGGAAGAAAGCACUGCUUAAUGUGUCUGAAUUGGAGCAGACUGAGAGUAUGUUCAGUAUCGCUGCUGUAGAAAAAGGAGAGGAUGCAGUUGAUAGUGCGCCUGAAGAAGCAGCAGCUAUGAUGUUGGACAAACCAGCCACUGUCCUAACCUCACAAGACCUAGAAGAAGCUGAUGUUAUAGCUGCACCUAUGACUGAGGAGCCACAAGUAGAAGAUGAUGUCACACAGGACCUGAAAAACACCUCCCAUGACUCACAGAUAAUAGUUGUGAAUGUCUCAUCAGAAAUUGAGGAAGCAGAGGAAGAGUGCCAGAAGGAAGAUACCACAGUAUUGGUGGUCUCUGAAGAAGUUUUAGAGGUACACAAGGUAACAGAAACUCUGGAUAAAAUGGGAGAGGGAACUGAAAUUGAAGUCUCUGAUGAAAAGUCAGAAGAAAGAGUUACACAACAUAAGUUAAGUCUAUCAACACAUACCAAAUCAGAGGAUGUUGAACCUGGAAAAAGAGGAAAAACUGUUGUAAAAACCAUAAAACUUUUACAGAAUGAACCCCACAGACAAUCUCAGUGGUACAGAAAGCCUCAGGAGGGGGUAAUGGAGGAAGGUGCAGCUCAUAGGGUUUUGAGUGGAAGAACUGUUUUGAACACCCCCAGACCCAAACACAAACAUACCAGACACAGCCAGAAAGUAUGUGAAGAGUUACAGAAAGAGGUCGAUGAAGUUUCUGCAACUGAAGUAGUUGAGGAGUUAGCUGUAACUGAGAGAGAAGAACAAGAAGAAAUUGCCUCCAUAAAAGAGGAUGAAGUUACUGUGGAAGACUUACCAGAAGAAUGGAAGCAACAGCAUGAAGAUGAACAACUGACAACAAAUAAAGAGGAGACAGAGAAACAAGAGGAGCCUGGGGUGGAAGACAGUGUAGUGAAGAAGAGUUUUACAGAGCUUCCAGAUACAACAGAGACUGCACUUGCACAGGAAAAUGAGGAUGAAAAAGUAACAAACGAUUCUGAGAAAGAACAAAAGGAUGAGGAGGUAGAAACAUCAGUGAUACAGGAUAAACAAGAAGUCCGUGAUGAUGAGAUAGAGGAGCCCCCUGUUGUACAGAGGAGAGCUGUGACAGGCAGACAUAACAUCAGUCCUAAACCUAAGCCUGGAAAACAAAGCAAAAGACAACAGAAAAAAGAAGACAAGUACAAAGAUGAGGCUGACCUGGGAGUAGGAGGUUCUGCUGAAGAGAAAACAGAUGAACAAGCAGUAGACAAAAAGAUGGCAGAACACUACCAGGUGGAACAAGAGGAGAGUGUUGACAAAACAGAAGAAGAGAUAUCAACUGAGGAAUUGACUGUUGUGACAGGAGGUACAAUUCCAAAGGCAGACGAAGCAACAGACAAUAUUAUACCUUCAACUGAGGUGAACAUGGAGGAGACCAAAGAUAUACAGGAAGAAGAGGAGACUGACGGAGAGACAGAGACUGUAUCAGCAGGGGAAGCAGAUAAGAAGAAAGAGGCCGUCGGUGUCACUGGUGGUGCAGAUGACAUUAGAAGAGAGCCUGACAGUGUUGCUCCUGCUUCAGAAACAGUAUUACCUGAUGAAGUUCGAAAUGAAGCUGUUGUACAAGUAGCUGAUGAGCUUCAGGCAAAGGACAUUGGCUCUGAAAUACCCAAUCUCCAGAAAGCCACUGUCAUCUUAGUGGACUUCAAAGCAAUCUGCCAUCACCUUAGCAUGAAUGAAGCAGAAGAAAAAAUAGUUGAUGGAGAGUGUGCUGCUCCAGAGAACGAACAGAUGGAGCUGAUAACAGCAGAAGAGGGGGCCGUUUCUAGGUGUGUUGCAGAGGAACAAACAUCAGAGCCAGAAAUGCUAAUGUUGGAAGAGGAGGUUGGAUGGAAACAGAAAAACAUUACAGAAAUAUCUGUAGAUGCAACUGCAGAUGCAGAGACUGUCAAGAAGGAAGAGCUUGAAGAAGAUCAUUCUGAGAAAGAAAAGGAAAAAUGUGCCAGUGUGGAUGGAAAAAAAAGUGAUGGAGAGGAAGCACUGGUUAUUGAAACAAGAGUUCUUAGAAGUGAAAGAAAGACCGUUGAAGCUAGCUGCAAAUCCAGAGGGGGAAGCAACCAACAGCAGGAGGAAAACAACAUAGUUGAGGGUAUAUAUAUAUCAGAGGUAUGUGCAGAUACAGAGGCAGACAUUCCAGUAGGAGAUGAUGCUGAAGGGAACCUUCCACCAGCUGAAGUAGAUGAGGUAAUGAGCUUGGAAGAGGAAGAAGCACCAGUUGGUGAAACUAGAGCUCUGAGAAGUGGAACAAAGGCAGUCACAGCUACACCACCACACAAAACAACAGGAAGCAGAAAGCAAUUGCAUGGACAAGAAGCAGAAAACAGUGAAGAAGAAGAACUAGCAGUGAGAAUAAGAACACUGAGACAGAGGAGGAUAUCCGCUUGUGCCCCACCUAAAAGUAAACCCAGAAGAACUUGUAAACAAAUCAGGGAAGAAGAGCUAAAGGUAGGAGAGGAAUCUAAAAUUGUCAAGGAAACAGGAGUAGGGGAAGAAGACUCAGCUGAGGAAUCAGCUGUAAAAAAUACAAAUGAAGAGAGAGAGGAAAAAAUGGAGGAGAUACGAGAAAAAGUUGAAGAAGCUGCUUCUGAGAGAGAGGAAAGUUUAGAGCGAGAAAUCGAUGUGCAGGAAGGGAAAGCUGUGGCAGAGGAAGGACAAAAUGAAGUGGAAGAGCAAUCAGAAGUCAUAUCCAAGGCAUUUGCAGAAAGGGAGAUAGGGGCCUCAGGUGAAGAAUACAAUGAAAGGAAUCCAAUCAUGGGGGUUUGGGAAGUGGAACUACCACCAGCUGCUUUAACUAGAUCUCUGAGAAGUGGUGGAAAGACAUCCAAAGAUCCACCGAAAACCAGACCCAGAAAAAGCAAAAAGCAAGAGGAUGACAUGAGGGAGAAGAAAGGAGCAUCUGUGGCAAAAAGUGCUGAUGGAGAUGAGCUUCCAGUAGAAAGAAGAAUUCUGAGAAGGGUUAGGAAGUCUGUAAGUAGAAGCUGCAAACAACUCCUGAAAAAGACAGAGGAAUUAAAGGAAUCAGCCGAAGCAGAGGUAGAGGAAAAAGAUGAAGCAGGGCUGGGUUCAGCCAAAGAACCACCAAUAGAAGGGGACAAGGGGGAAGCCCCAGAGGAGGAGAGAACAGAGGUAGAAAAGGAGGAACUUGUUUCUUUAGAGGUCGAAAAAAGAGUGUCAGAAGAAGGAACAAUGAAAAUGACUCGAGAGGAGGAGAACACAGCUACAGUUACAGCUGCUGCAGAUGAUUUAGUACAAGAAGGAGAGACUGACCCACCAUUAGCUAAACCCGACACUGACUCAGCUAUAGUUAGUGAAAAGGAAGCAACACCUUCAACUAAGGAGCAACAGAGUGAGGAAAUUGCAUCCCAGCUUUCUGAUCUCCAAAGAGUGACUGUGGUUUUAGUUGACCUAAAAAAGGCCCAUCAUGAAUUUCAGGGCGAAACAUCGGCUGUUGAGGAGGGUGUUCAUGUAGAAAAGAUCGCUGUUGAGGCAGAAAAGGAGCAAAGGGGAGAAACAAUGAAACAGAAAGAAACAGUGGUAGAGGAGCAUAUUACUGGUUCCCCUGCAGAGAUUGAAAAAACUGAGCUGGAGAAGGUGGUUGUGGAAGAGGAAGGGUUGGAGGAGAAAGUGGAAGAUGUAGUCACAAUAUGGGGGGACACAGGGGAGGCGGAUGGAACUAAAAUCACUGAGAGUAGAAAAGGAAGAAGUACAAGACAAGCAGUCAAAGCCACACCAAGAUGCAAAUCCGCAAGACAGAAAAGGGGCGAAGAAGAAAAGGAGGUAGCAUCAGAAAUUAGUGAAGAGGAACCAGUUAUGCAAGUUAGAGUUCUGAGGAGGGGAAGGAAGUCUGUACCUGUCGCUCAAAAAUGUAAAAUAACAAGAACCAAAAAGCAACUCCAAGGAGAACAGGAAGAAGAAGGAGAGGGAGGAGAGGAAUAUACAGGAGUUGAAAAGAGAGAGGCAGAGGAAGAAGAGGAAAAUAUUAAGGACCAACAGCAGAUGAUUGAUCAGGAGAAGGGAGAAAGACUUGAAGAAAAGGAUGCGACUCAACAAGUAGAAAACAUAGAACCAGAAAUGGGUCUAGAGAAAACAGAUACUAUGGCAGAGGAAGCUGUCACACAACAAGAUGCUCCAGAGGUGGGACAGGCUGGCAGUACUGAGACAGUUGAUGAGAGCAGCGUGGCUCCAGUUGGGCAAAGUGCUGAUGAGAGAAAGACCUCAGAAGAUGAUGCAGAGGAAGCAGUCGCAACACAAAAUACAGUGGAGGGGGAACAGUCAGUCUUCAUAUCUGAGGUAGCGGAAACUGCAGUUGGAGAAAGUGCACGAAAGACACUACUGACGGCAAAGGAUGGCAAGGGAAAGGGUGUUUCUGAGGAGAAGGAAACUUCAGUUAUUGAAACAAGAAUUCUGAGAAGUGUUGAAAAGGCAGUGAGAGGCAAAACCAAAAACAGACAAGAUGAUGAGCAAGAAAUGGAGGCAGCUGGAGAGAAAAGCGCAGAAGGAGAUGAACCAGCAGUAGAAACAAAAGUUCUGAGGAAGGUAAGGAGGUCUGCUCCUGCCACACGUAGACAUAAAUCCAAAAGAGCCCACACACAGUGUCAGCCAGAGGAAGAGGCAGAAGAAGUAACUACUCUAGCUGAAGAGACUGAAGGAGAGGAAACUAAAGCUGAUGAAAAAGAAAAAGAUUAUGAGGAAGCUGUAGCUCAGAAAGAAGAAAACACAGUGGAAGAGGAAUCAUUCAAAGAGCAAGAGACAGUUGAAGAGGAACAGUCUGCUGUUUCAAAGACGUGUGCAGAUGGACAAGGAGAGGCUUUUCUUUGGGGAAGUGCUGAAGAGACACCUAAUACAAAUACGGGAAAAGUAAUUGAUGAGGAGGAAGCACCAGUUAUUGAACCAAGACUUCUUAGAAGUGGUGAGAAGGCAGUAAAAGCCACACCAAGAUCCAAAACCACAAAUAGCCAACAGGAAGAAAAUGGAAGAGAGGGGACAGUGUUGGAAAACAGUGCUGAUACAGAUGAGCCAGCAGAAACAAGAGUUCUGAGGAAGGGAAGGAGGUCUGCUCAUGCUACACCUAGACAUAAAUCCAAAAGAGCCUGCACACAGAAUCAGCCAGAAGAAGUGGCAGAAGACGUAACUACUACAGCUAAAAAGACUGAAGGAGAGGAAGAGGAGGCAGGGCAGGAAUCACCUGUGGAGAAAGGAGAGAAGGCUGAAGAAGAAGGGAAGCUUAUGGAAACAGAAGCGGAGAAAAAAAAAUACUUUGAAGAGGGAGAAGUUGAGAGUGCGGCUGGAAUAGAAUCUGUUGUGGGAGAUGCAGAACAGAUGAAGGAUGCCCUGACAGAGGAAACAGUAGUGCUUGAAAAGGAGGACAUUUUGGCAGAAGAUAUUGAAGAGAACCAGGCUAAGGAGAAAGCUGAUUAUAUAGACAACAGAGUGCUAGAGCCAGCUGCUGAAGAACCAGCAAUAGAAGAAAUGGAAUCAUCAGAGGAAGAGUCCUCUGGUGAAAGUAAAGAAGAUAAAACCGUGGACCCCUCAGUAGUAGAGGGCAGAAACCUUAGAAGGAGGAUGAAAAUCGCAAACAAAGAAGAAAACAAAGCAGAAGAAAUCCAUCUUCUAAAGCGAAGAUCCAUACGAAAAAAACCAAGAGUGGAUUACAGGGAAAAUUAUGAUGAAGAUGAGGGGGGUGAGACUGAGGCAGCCAUUGACAAGGAGGAAGAGGAUAAAGUGGAAUCAGAUGAAGACGAAGAGAACAAGAAAGCUGAAUGUUCUGCCGAUGAAAAGAUAGAGAAGCUAGAGGAAAGCAAUAAAGAAGAAAACUUAGAGAAAGACAUGGUAGCUAUUGAGAGUACAAGUGAAAAGGGGGGCAUUCUCAGUUUAGUAUCAGAUACAGAUGAAGAGGUGGAGACUGCAGCUAUAAGUCAAGAGCAUGAGGAAGAUGAGCAGAAUAUUUCAGAGAAAGAGGUGGAACCUAUAGUGAUUGGAAAGAGAGUUUUAAGAGGAAGGUCAGUUCCUUCAGUAAUAAUCACAACCCGGUCUAAACCCAGAUGUCGCAGUGCUUUAGUUCAAAAAGUAGAGGAGUCUUUGUCUGAUGAAAAAACGAGCCUUCAAUUAGCUCAGAAGAGAAGUCUCCGCAAAAGAAAAAGUACUGAGGUAACACCAACUCGCAAAUCUAAGCGUCACAGCAGAGUUUAAGAUGUUGUUGUAAGGGCCGGUGUGUGUGGAUCCAAGUGCAAGAGAGAGAGAGUCAGGCAGAAGUGCAAUGUCCAAAAUCCAAAUCUUUAAUCCGAGAGAACUCGAACACAAGGGUAAAAAAGACAAUCUGGCAAGGCAUGAGAAAUGAGGCGGGGUUUAAAUACACAGAAAACAAGACACAGGUGAAAGACAUUAAGGUGGAGACAGUAAUCAAAACAG